AUGACCACGUCGUCUCCGGAGGUCGGCGAGGCACUCGCUGAGGCUUUGAAAAAAGGGGAGGAAGCUGGGGGAAGUAAGGAAGAUGCGGUGAAAGCGGCGUUGGAAUGUCCCUGCGUGCAGGGUCUGAAGGAAUCGUCUUGUGGGGAAGGGUUCCGCAACGCGCUGACGUGCUUUAUCACCGCUCCAGAAGAGGAGCGAGGAUCGGCGUGCGCGGAGCAGUUCGUCGAGCUUCACCAGUGCAUGGUGAAGCACGCGGCUGAGUUCGAGGAGUUCACCAAGGAACUGGUCGAAAACGAGGCCAAGGAGGGCUACUUACCAGCCUCCACGGAUUGA